AUGCUUUCAUACAAACCAACGCCGCAAUUACUGCUGAGUCUGAGUGUUCUAAAACGGUACGUGGCGUCACUACCACACCCAACUUCAGCCACUACAAACUCCCUCAAUGCCUUAAUCAACCACCAUUCAUCCCAAGGUGCUCACUGUCAAGUUCUUGUUACCUAUGCCUAUAUGCUCACAAACCAUGUCCCUUCUGACGCCUACACCUUCCCCAGUCUUUUCAAAGCUUGCUCUUCUCUCAACUACUUUUACCUCGGCCUCUCCCUCCAUCAACGGAUCCUCGUUGAAGGGUUGUCUCUUGAUCCCUAUAUUGCCUCUUCUUUGAUCUAUUUUUACGCCAAAUUUGGAUGCUCCGAUGUUGCUCGCAAAGUGUUCGACUUUAUGCCUGAGAGGAACGUUGUACCUUGGACCACCAUUAUUGGGUGUUACUCGCGCAUGGGUCAUGUUCCUGAGGCCUUUUUUCUGUUUGAUGGAAUGCGUCUCCAGGGAAUUCCACCCAGUAGCGUUACCAUGUUGAGCUUGCUGUUUGGAGUUUCUGAGCUUGCUCACGUGCAAUGUUUGCAUGGUUGUGCAAUUUUGUAUGGGUUUAUGUCUGAUAUAAACUUGUCAAACUCUAUGCUGAAUGUGUAUGGGAAGUGUGGAGACAUUGAGGAUUCUAGGAAAUUGUUUGAUUCCAUGGAUCAAAGGGACCUGGUUUCCUGGAAUUCGUUGAUCUCAGCCUAUGGUAGGAUUGGGAAUCUAUAUGAAGUUUUUCUACUUCUUAAGACAAUGAGGGUACAAGGUUUUGAGCUUGAUCCGCAGACUUUUGGGUCUCUCUUGUCUCUGGCUGCAUCAAUGGGUGAGUUGAAAUUGGGAAGGUGUUUGCAUGGGCAGAUUUUAAGAGCUGGUUUUGACUUGGAUGCAUGUGUUGAGACAUCAUUGAUUGUAAUGUACUUAAAAGGUGGGAACAUUGACAUUGCAUUUAGAAUGUUUGAAAGGAGUUCAGACAAGGAUGUAGUUCUGUGGACAGCAAUGAUCUCAGGCCUUGUGCAUUGUGGGUCUGCAGACAGAGCACUAGCUGUUUUCCGACAGAUGUUAAAAUAUAGAGUGAAGCCAUCUACUACUACUAUGGCUAUUGUAAUCACAGCUUGUGCACAACUUGGGUCUUUUAAUUUGGGGACAUCGAUUCAUGGUUAUAUAUUAAGGCAGGAGUUGCAAUUGGAUCUUGCUAGUCAGAACUCUCUUGUUACCCUGUAUGCUAAGUGUGGUCACUUGGAUCAGAGUUUCAUUGUAUUUGAUAUGAUGGACAAAAGGGAUUUGGUUACCUGGAAUGCUAUGGUUACUGGAUAUGCUCAAAAUGGCCAUGUUUGUAAGGCCAUGUUCCUUUUUAAUGAAAUGAGGUCUUAUCGUCAAACACCUGAUUCAAUAACCAUUGUUUCCCUCCUCCAAGGAUGUGCAUCCACCGGACAACUCCACUUGGGAAAAUGGAUCCACGGCUUUGUGAUAAGAAAUGGCUUUAGGCCAUGCAUUUUGGUUGACACUUCUUUGGUAGACAUGUACUGCAAAUGUGGUGAUUUGGAUACUGCCCAAAGGUGUUUCAACCAGAUGCCAAAUCAUGAUUUGGUCUCAUGGAGUGCCAUAAUUGCAGGAUACGGCUAUCAUGGCAAAGGGGAGAGUGCAUUGAGGUCAUACUCAAUGUUCCUGGAAAGUGGAAUGAAACCCAACCAUGUGAUUUUCCUCUCAGUCCUAUCUUCAUGUAGUCAUAAUGGACUUGUACAGCAGGGCUUGAACAUAUACGAAUCAAUGACCAAAGAUUUUGGAAUUGUACCAAAUCUUGAACACCAUGCUUGUGUAGUGGAUCUCCUCAGUCGUGCUGGGAAGGUAGCGGAGGCAUAUAACGUGUAUAAGAAAAAGUUCUCAGAACCUGUGCUCGAUGUUUUGGGCAUAAUCCUUGAUGCUUGUAGGGUAAAUGGGAAUGAUGAACUUGGUGACACAAUAGCCAAUGAUAUGCUCAUGCUGAGGCCGACACAUGCUGGAAAUUUUGUACAAUUAGCACACUGUUAUGCUUCAAUAAACAAGUGGGAAGAAGUGGGCGAGGCAUGGACUCAUAUGAGAUCUCUUGGCUUGAAAAAAAUUCCUGGCUGGAGCUUUAUUGUCUUACAUGGGACCAUCACUACAUUUUUCACAGAUCACAACUCACACCCACAGUUUCAAGAAAUAGUUUGUACACUAAAAAUUCUGAGAAAGGAAAUGAUCAAAAUAGAGAAAGUGGACAUUAACCUUGAAAGCAGCCACAUCAUAUCAGAUUAA